GAGGUGCUGAUGGCGACGCUGGGCGGCACGCGCUCCCACACGGCGCCCUUCCUGGCGCUGGGCCGCCAGCUGGCGCGCAGGGGGCACCGCGUCACGCUGCUCAGCGCCUUCCCGCCGCCGCCCGGGGAGGAGACGCCGGGCGUGCGACAGCUGAACCCGGAGCCGCUGGUGCGCUACGUGUCGGAGCUGACGCGCGGCUGGGACCUGCUGGGGGCGCGCGCCAGGGGCGAGCAGCCCGUGCCGCCCUGGGAGGCGGUGCGCUUCGGCCUGCAGCCUCUCGGACUUGCAAAGCGUGUGAGCUACUCUUUCCCGCGACGUCGCUCGCGCCCCCCUCCAGAAACCUGUGCCCGCCAGCACUCGCAGGGCCCGCCCCUGGCGAGCGCCCGGUGCGGGCAGGCGCCACGCUCCCGGCCGCAGCUCUGGCUCGGGGCCGAAGCCGCCCCACCCCGACACACGACACGCAGCGUGCUUCGUGUGUCGGAGGUGCAUGAAGCCAUUAGUCGGUCGGCUGGAAGGAACGCGACUGGGUGCUCGGUGACCGGCAGCGUGUCGGUGGUCUGCCGGCGCAACGGCCGGAGUUGUGGGGAACGCGCCACCGUUGUUUGUGCGACUGUUUGUGGGGGCGGCGGCGAGUUUAUCGGGGCCGCGGUCCGGCCGCACUGGGGUAAUCUGGCGAGAGGCGACACGGCUGCCGGCUGCGCUGCUGGUCCGAGCCGCGCCCCGCCAGCCGCCACAGUGGUCGGGGACCGCCGAGUGAGCCGGCGUGCUGCGCCGACACCACCCCUGCCGGUGCUGCCCCUCUGUGGCGGAUUUUCUCGUCACGCAUCCGCGGCGCUGGCGCUGCUGGACGGCGCCUUCCCCGACUGCCUGCUGGCGCUGGCGCACCGCCUGGGCGCGCCGCACGCCCUCCUCAACACCGUGGCGGCGCACCCGGGGGCGGCCAGCUGGGCCGCCGCCAGCCCCGCGCCCUUCAGCGUCACGCCCUUCAUGGGCCUGCCCUACACCGACCGCAUGGCCCUGCCGCAGCGCCUGCUCAACGCCGCCCACCACGUCGCCCUCAGGGCCAUGCAGGUCUUCAGCACCAAGCUGCUGCUGGAGCCGUGCAUAAGGCGCCACCUGGGUCCUGACGUGCCGCCCAUCAGCUGGCUGGCGCGCAACACCAGCUUCGUGCUCCAGAACGCGCUCAGCCCCACUACUCUGCCGCGCGCCUACUUCCCAGACGUCGCCGAGGUGGGCUGCCUCCACUGUCGGCCAGCCAAGCCGCUGCCCCAGGACCUGGAGGAGUUCGUGAGCGGGUCGCCGUCUGGCUUCGUGCUGGUGAGCAUGGGCUCCGGCGUCAGGGCUGCCAACAUGCCGGCGGCGCUGCACCGGCUGCUGGUGACCGCCUUCGGCAGCCUGCCGUACCGCGUGCUGUGGAAGCACGAGGCCGGCCCGGGCGGCGAGGGGGCGGUGCCGCGGAACGUGCUGCUGAGGCGCUGGCUGCCGCAGCAGGACCUGCUGGGCCACCCGCGGCUGCGCGCCUUCGUGGGCCACGGCGGGCUGCUGAGCGUGCUGGAGGCGGGCUUCCACGGCGCGCCGCUGCUGGCGCUGCCCGUCUUCUGCGACCACGACGCCAACGCGGCGGCCGCCCGGCGCGCCGGCUUCGCGCGCGUCCUCCAGCUCCAGGGCCUCACCGCCCCCGCGCUCGCCGCCGCCGUCCGCGCCGUCGCCACCGACCCCAGGUACCGGGAGGCUGCUUACCGUCAGUCAGUGCUGAUCCGGGACCAGCCGACACCCCCACUGGAGAAGGCCGUCUUCUGGACGGAGUACCUGCUGCGCCACAGGGGCGACACGAGGCACCUGCAGUCCGCUGCCAGGGACAUGGCCUGGUGGCAGCUCUACUGCCUGGACCUCGCCCUGCUCGUGCUGGGCCUCCCUGUCCUCCUGUGGGUCGCUCUCUCCAGGCUCUGCCACUUGCUGCUCCACUCCAGGCACGCACUGGCCAAAAAGCUCAAGGCUCACUAGCUCCGUCUCAGCUGGUGUUUUGUCCAAUGACAGCUUUCCUAUUUAGACCUCACACUGGGUCACCAUGCCUUGCAUUGGGUCGCUCUCUCCAAGGUCUGCCACCUGUUGCUGCUCUCCAGGCACACUCUGGUCAGAAAGCUCAGGCUCCUCAACUUUGUCCAGUUGUCAGCUCUAUUGCCUUGACCUCAUCUUGUUGACAAUGGACCUCCUUGUGCUGCUCUGGAUCGGUCUUUCUAUGGUCUGAUACCUGCUCUUAUAUUCCAGGCACAUGCUGUCCCAAAAUCUAAAGCUCACUAGCUUCAUCCCAGCUACAGCCCUUACCUGGUGGCAGAUGUCCCACUUGGGCCGCGCCCUACUGACACUGAUCUCCCUGUUGUUGUGGGUCGCUCUCUAUGUCUGCCAUCUGCUGCUACACUCCAGGCACACACUGACCAAACAGAUCAAGGCUCACUAGCUUUGAGAUAACUAGCGUUUCAUUCGUCGGAAGCUCUACUAUUUGGACCUCAUUCAGCUUCUACUGGGUCCCAUUGUUCUGCUGUGUGUCACUCUCUUCAACGUCUGACACCCGAUACACCCAAGAUAUACCCCAGCCAAAAAUUCUAGGUUCACUAUCUUCAUCAUAGCUAGGGGUCUGGCCUACUGGAGAGCUCCAUUGCGUAGAUCUCACCCUAGUCACACUGGCCCUCGCUGAGCUCUGUAGUCUGCAGUCUCAAAAGCCUGCUACCUGAAGCUACUCUCCACAUACACUGUGUCCAUAAAGCUCAGGGUUCGCUAGCUCUGUUUUUGCUAGGGUUCUUGCCAAUUUACAUAGUGGCUCGACCUCACUCUACUCUCAGUGAGCCUCCUUGACCUACUGUGGACCACUCUGUCCAAAGUCUAACGCCAGCUGGUACUUUCCAGGCGCACCCUGACCAAAAACCUCAAAUCUCACUAACUUAAUCACACCUACUGUCCUUGACCCAAACAUCAUUUUUUGAGUCAUGAGUCUUAUGACUGGUUUUAUGGGGACCACCACGAAUUCCUCUCCUGUGCCAAUCUCUUCAUCUCAAAGUAGCGCUUGCAACUGUCUUCCUCAAUAAUUUGCUAGAUAUAUUCCAAUAUCUAUCUUCUUCUACAGCUUUUACCCUUCACAGCUACCUCUACUAACAUGGAAGUUCUUCCCUGUUGUCUUAACAGAUGCCCUUAUACUUUUCAGUGUUUUCCUUCCCUCUCCCAUUCUGCACAGAACCUUCUCAUUCCUUACCGUACCAGUCCGCCUAAUUUUCAACAUUAGUCUGUAGCACCACAUCACAAAUGCCUCGAAUCUGUUCUGUUCCGUUUUUCCGACAGUUCAUAUUUCAGUCCCAUGCAAUGCCGUAUGUUUCUUCUGUAUGUUAUUCUUGUCGGCAAUUUCGAUGCAUGAGCUGUUGAGCUGAUUGUGCGACAAUUCUCGCUCUUGUUAGCUCUUGCAGUUUUCAGAAUUGUGUGGAAUGAUAUUUUUACGAAAGUCAUAUGUUAUAUCGCCAGAAUCAUACAUUCUACAGACAAACGUGUAUAGUCGUUUCAUUGUCACUUCCCUCAAUGAUUUUAGAUGGUGGAAUGCUAUUUAUCCCUUGUUCUUUAUUUGAUCUUAAGUGCUCCAAAGCUCUUUUAAAUUCUGAUUCUAAUACUGGAUCCCCUAUUUCUUCUAAAUCGACUGCUGCGUCUUCUUCUAUCACAUCGGACAAAUCUUCGGCUAAUAGAGGCCUUCAGUGUACUCUUUCCAUCUAUUCGCUCUCUCCUCUGCAUUUAACAGUGGAAUUCUCUUUGAACUCUUAAUGUUGCCACCCUUGCUUUUAAUUUCACCGAAGGUUAUUUUGACCUUCCUUUAAGCUGAGUCAGUCCUCCCGACAAACAUGUCUAUUUCGAUGUCUUCACAUUUUUCAUGUAGCCAUUCCGUUUUAGCUUCCGUGCAGUUCCUAUUUAUUUCAUUCCUGAGCGACUUUUAUUUCUGUGUUCCUGAAUUUCCCAGAACAUUUUUUUCUCUUUCUUUCAUCGAUCAACUGAAGUAUUUCUUUUGAUAGCCAUGGUUUCUUCGCAGUUAACUUCUUUGUGCAUAUGUUUCCAACGUCCGUGAUUGCUCUUGUUAGAGAUGUCCAUUCCUCUUUAACUGCACUGCCUACUGAGCUAUUCGUUAUUGCUGAAUAUAUAGCCUUAGAGAAAUUCAAGCGUAUCUCGUCAUUCCUUACUACUUCCGUAUCCCACUUCUUUGCGAACUGAUUCUUCCUGACUAAUCUCUUAAAAUUCAGCCUACUCAUGAUCACUACUGCAUUCUGAUCUGAGUUCGUAUCUGCUCCUGGGUGCGCCUCGCAAUCCAGUACCUGAUUUCAGAAUAUCCGUGUGACCAUGAUGUAAUCUAACUGAAAUCUUCCCGUAUUACCUAGCCUUUUCCAAGUAUAGCUCCUCCUCUUGUGAUUCUUGAGGAGAGUAUUCGCUAUUACUAGCUGAAAUAUAUUGCAAAACUCAGCUAGUCUUUCUCCUGUCUCAUUCCUAGGACCAAACCCAUAUCCUCCCGUAACCCUUUCUUCUACACCUUCCUCCAUGACUAUUAGAUUUUCGUCUUCCUUUAAGUACUGCAUUACAAUAUCCUCGUACACUUUCUCCCCC